UUACAGUCGAAACAUGGUUCAGACURUAAAAGUAACAAGCUGUGAGUUUCUGUCCAUUUGGAUAACAUCAUAUUCAUAAUGGGUUUUUUUUGUGUUUUUUUUCCACGAUGACAAUGGACAAUACUGUUGCCCCUCCCAGCAGCUCACUCCUCCCUUUCUGAGCCGUCGUCCUUCUGUGUUCCUCAGGCUGAGGUAGUAGGUUGUAUAGUUCAGAGUGACACCACAGGAGAUAACUGUACAGCCUCCUAGCUUUCCCUGAGGAAACACAACGCACUCUACUCUGACCAGGAAUUUAAAUAUGAACAACUUUCAUGUAUUUGCAGGGGGGCAGGGGGGGGUUGCAGUUAUUUCUAAAAAAAAAAAAGAAAAAAAAAUGCUACAUUUUCAGUGUUUUCACAUUUUUACAGAGCCCAGUAACAGAAAAAAGUAAAAAUAAAUAAAUAAAUCUCGACCAGCUAAAAAAGACAAGCAUCUCAUCCCGUGUGACAAUAUUAGUGACAGAAAGAGCUAAUUAAAAUCCUGACAGAGAACAGGACAAUGCUUCAGAUGUUUGAGAGUCAAGGGAAAAGUACCGUUGCAUUGAGGUUUGUGGGACGGUGUAAUGAAAGAGAUGCCACUGAAUGGGGGAAACACCAUACACCCGCAAGAGGAAGAGCACGGUUUUGGCAGCCAAUUAUGAACAAAGUUCAAUUUCACUUAACCAAAACGAUAUAUUUCCUCAGCGCAACUAUGCGGUGAACAUGCUGCUGCGAUAAAAACAACUUUCACUGCUUCAGACCAAGAAACCCACAGACCCCAAAAUCAUCUACAGCGACUGGAGGUUUACUUAUUUAUUGUUUAAUUUGGGGUGUACUCUGAUUGAUUUCCUGUGCAUGCUCGGAGAAAAUUCAGCUGGUUCCGAUUAGGAUGUUUCUGUGAAUAAACUUCUGAUCAAAUUCUGCUUAAAGAGGGAUUUUAUUUGUAAAUUACCUGACACUAAKGAUGAUUAAAAGCAGCCAGACAAAUAAUACGAUAAGCACAAUUAUGAAUGGACAUAUUUAUUUAUUUUUCCCCUUUCAAAGAAGUUUUCUAACRUGAUCUCGGAGGCUUUGGCCGGUUGUUCCUGGUGCUGUGGUAUGCUGCUGUGUGCAGAUGUGAAGUACGUGGAGCAUCGUGGUGAUGAGAGGCUGUUUCCACUUAAACUCUUUGCUCUCUGUCUCAAGGCCACCGGGUUCGACAGCAGUGGGGUUAGGGAGCUCUUUGAGCCAGAAUGAAGAAGAGGCCCUGGGUACGGGGUAGCUUUUCUCAKAGCGAGAGCGUGUACAGUUACAGCAGACRCAACAUUAAUCUGACGGGUUUAUUUAGUCAGUGCAUAAUUACUCUAGUUUGUAUAUCUUGCCCUCRUGCAAGCAAAGAGCUUUAUUUUGUUUUGCUUUUUGUGGAUUUCUUUUUUUUUGCAUCCUUCUUUGUGUGCUACGGUUCGCUCUCCGAGGGGUAGUGUGACGCUCUGUACAGCAGGAGGCACCGUCGAGCUCUCUCCUUCAUACCCCCAUGCACACACACUCCACUCUCCUUGUAUUUUAUCUGAACAUUAAUAGUUGCUCACAUGUUCCUAAUGUAAAUUUGRAUCUAAACGAGGAGCUUUCCGAACAAAACAAAAGUUUUUUAAACUGCUCGGAAAAAUGUAGAAAAUAAAAACACGGAACGGAACGAUCGAUUUUUAUCGGACUGAGCUUUACGAGACGAAGAUAAAAACCAGCAGAGGGACAGAAUGGGACCACACAGGCUUCUUUCUGCCUUUACUGAUCACUGUCCAUUGUGUGCUGUCCCUCUAAAGAACCCUGUUCCGGUAAUUCCCUCUUCUCCCCAGUCCUCUCGCUUUCGUCUUUCAUCUCUUCUUUUUUUUUUCCACAGUCCUUUUCUGCUACUUUAAAGGAGUAACAUUGAUCAAACAUAGGAGUACCAACCAGCAGGCGUACAGUUACAUUUCCUUUACCUCUUCCUGAACCAGUGCGUUUACUCCCUUGCUCCCUCCUUUUCUCCUUGUUCCCACCCUCCUUUUCUCCAUGAAAUGCACGCUGUAAUACCGACUCACUUUCACAGACACAGAGGGCGAGGGAGACAGGAACAGAAUAGUGGACUUGCCGACUGGAGGGGAAAUUUUUUUGUCUGAAAUGAAAGCCAGCUUGGGAACGGACACUGCAGAGGGGCAUGCAGGGGCUCCACAGUUUGUCUGCCCUGGGGACUUGAGCCUACAAAACCAUGAAGCAUACGAGGCAGAGGAGGGAAAGGCAAUCAAAGCGGCACAAGCUCAAGCUGAGAGGUGUGAUACAGCCAAAGACAAAGGCCCGAAGAAGGAACGUGAGGCAGAUUGUGCCAGGAGACCAGAUAGACCGACAGACAGUAGAGUCACAUGGAGAAAGGAGGCAGGAGCUCGACAGCAACAGGCGUUUCACAUUUUUUCCCCCAAAAAAUUCACUCCUGUAGUUGUUUUGGCACUCGUUUGUGUCAGACCUGCUGAAUUUAGACAAAAACAUUUUUGCUAUUUUUUGUUAUGUCCUCUCAUUUUAAGAUCUGAUUUGCGAUUUAUGCAGACAACUUUAGGAAAUGCUGAGAUUUGACAUUCUUGUGGCACGAGGUGUGGAUUUUUGAAUCGCUUUGGGGGAUUUCCUUUGGAUCCGACUGUUAACAGAUACAUUUCUGGUACUUUGCUGUAUCACGGCUGUCACUGUGAUGUAUUUAGUUUUUUCUCUCUCUUGUAGCUUCUUCUGUUCUGGUCAGCAUGGUUUUUACAGUAGCAGCUCAGGCCAAUUGAUCUGCUCGUUUCUUCCUUGUGCAUACCAUUCUUGUGCCACACCACAUUCGUUCUUUCUCUAACCUCUAUUUUUAUUUUUUUAUUUUUUGAGAAAAUCUUUAAAGGUAGAUUUACACGUUAACUCUUUCUGACUUUGUCGUCGACCGCAGUCCUCACUACUCUCCUAUCUGAACUUGUCUGUCCUUCUCCCCUUUAACACUGCACCUGCUUCCCCCUGCAUCUCUCUCUGUGUUUCCCUGCCUCUCCUUCUGUUUCUCUUCGGCUGCACAUGGUACAGUCUCGCAUGUCUGAGCACCAGACGGCUAGACGGCAGCAAUCUGCUCGAGAAGCCUCGUGCACUACUUCGAGCGAUCCAUUGAACAAAGCCAGCGAAGGCGGCACUAAAAUCUUCCUCUACUUUUCUCUGCAGCAUUCUCUCUCUCUCCCUCUCUCUCUCCCUUUUCUUUUCCCUUGCAGAUUUCUCUCUUUUUACGUUUCGUCUGGCCACAUCUYCUCUCCCUCUGCUAAGAUGACCUGCAGAGACACACACGCUGAGGACUGCGGCAGCGUAAGCCGCCUCGGCCAGCAGGCUGGUUGCCUGCAACACACAGCAAUUAGACCAUAAACUGACUCUCCACACAACAUGGAGAUGGAUACCAUCUGUUGCUGUGGGAACAACACACUCCUCAACCGGGAAGGACAUCAUCUUCCAUAUUUUUGUGAUGCCCUCUUCAAAGAGCUCCACUCACUGGACUUUGCUGGAGUUAUUYGGCCAGCGGAGGCUCUUGGGUUUCGGCGCCAUACUGGCAUGGCUCAUCCUUUUCCAUCUGCUGGUGAAUGUGUGGCUGCUCUGCGUCUUCACCAGCCUCCUGGUGGUUCUUGGUGGUUGGCUCGGGUCCCGAGCUGCCCUGGACGCUAACAGCUUCCUACAUCUGGAGCAUUUUUUACCCCUGGGGAAAGUUAACCYUCCUCUGUGUUCCCCUGAGCAUGAGUGGAGGCUGAACCAUGAGAUCCACUGUGCGGUCCACAAGGCAGUACGYGACUUUGUGUCUUCGUGGUACCGCACCCUGCUUCCUGAGGUGGAAGGAGAGUUUGAACGAGCCGUGCGUCACUCGAUGCUGGAGUCUGUGAUGGAACUGAAGGAGCGUGCGCGGCGAGUGGACAGGAAAGCUCUGGUUCAGCGGCUCUUGGAGCUGUAUGGCUGCCACCUGCAGAGCUACAUGACUGUCAGGCAGAUCCAGUCGGCGCAGAAGGAGAGCAGUGGCCUGUGGCAGCUCUACAGUAAAGUSGAGUCUCCUCAUCCAGCCGUGAGCAGUUCCACCACUGAGCUCAACUACGCCAGAGCUUUGGUUAAACUUGUGUUGCAUGUUCUCGUCCCAUACCCUCAGAUGGAAACGAGGACYGGGGGUUACAUGGUGACGGAGCUCAUCACCUGCAAUGUGCUGUUGCCGUUGAUAAGCAGGGUUUCCGAUCCCGACUGGCUCAAUCAGACCAUCGUGGACAUAUUCACCAAAACCAGAGAAUCGCAGGAUAUUAGCGUGGAUGACCCCUCUGUUCAUGCACUGUAUAAAUGUCAUGAACAUGAGGAGUCGUGGACUACUUGCAAGUCACUGUCCGUCUCCGAUCAGACCGAUUUCAGCUCCAAGAACACCUCUGUUGAUUUAGAUGAGCCUCGGAGCCAGAGUGCGAUCUCUGGGUCGGACUCGUCUCAAAGCAGCCUGGUCAGCCUGACGUCUACCAGACGAACGUCCAGCUACCAAGCAGGCUUAAACACACCGUCCAAGGUGAACUGCUGCCCGCUCACAUCGGGCCAGUAUAAACAGUCAUCAGAGACCAAAACCGUUUCUGCAGAUCCACUUAUCCAUUCGGACUCAGACGAUGACCUGAGAGGAAGUGUUUGCGACUGCACUCCCACCACCAACCUCUGCAACCUUCUCCCCGUAAAUGAUGAAGAAGCCUGCGGUUGUUUUCGACCUCUGAGAAAUUUUGGAUCGAAAGUGGUUGAGCCCAAAGACUCCCAGUGGCCAGCUGGCAUUGCGCAGGACAAAUCCCCAGUUUGCCCCCCCAAAAAGCUUUGCCUGACCUCGUACAGCUUCGACCUGUCCAGCGGCCCGACUACGGYGCCAUUCAGAGUCCAGAACGUUUGCAUUUCUGGCACAGUCAAUGUGAUGGAGCAGCGGAGCACCGGCACACAUCCCUACACACUCUACACUCUCCAGUUUGAGACGGUGGCUGAAGGCGACUGCACAGCCGCUGCGCCACCGGCAGUUGGUCACUCUGUUAACCGCAGAUACAGCGAGUUCCUCAACCUGCAAGCACGCUUGGAGGAGAAGCCGGAGCUCAGGAAACUAAUCCGAAAUGUCAAAGGCCCAAAGAAAAUAUUUCCUGACCUUUCUUUUGGCAGCCAGGACAGCGAGAAGGUUGAAGCUCGUAAAAGCCAGCUGGAUAUCUUCCUGAAGCAAUUAAACAGCAUUCCUGAGACAGCCAACAGUGAAGACGUGCAGGAGUUCCUGGCCAUCAACUCAGACGUUUGCACGUAUUUUGGAAGAAAGCCAUUAACAAAGUCAAGAAUUGAUAAGAUGAUGGAAAAUGCUUUAGACACUCUGAGGACAGCAUUCCCUCAUCCUGAGCUUUUCAGUCCAACCGAGGACAUUGAGGGUGAUACUGACGGAAGAACAAUGGACUACAGAAAGUACAGGAGGCUUUUCCCAAGUAAAGUUUCUCCAUCGCUCAAUAUUCCAGAUCUCCAUCCUAAAGCGACAUACUGCUUCAGUGAAGGCAGCUCUGUGCUCAAUGGCAUGUCACUGUGUGGCCUGGAGAACUUCGUCAGAGAACAGGAAAGACUUAUUGGUGGGCCAAACGUGACAGAAACGGUCAAGCCGAGCUACGAGCUGAAAGCUAAAGACAAGAAGAUAUCAGGGAAAACUCAUGGGACAGACACAGCUGUGGCAGAUGUUGCUUUGAACAUUUUGUGCCUGCUGAUGAAGGAUCACUGGAGCUGGCUGUGCACAGAGAACAUCCAGAAGGCCAUCAGACUUCUCUUUGGCACCUUCAUUGAAAGAUGGCUGGACAUAUUYGCUGCCCACCUAACCAGCGCCCCCUGCUGGGUGAUUUACCUCCAGGUCCUGCAAGAAGCUGUGUGGCCRGGUGGGACRCUGCCUGCUCAACCCCGGCCUGAACGAAGUGCUGCUGAAAAAAAGGAAACCAAGGAGCAAUGUCUGAACUGCCUUAUGCAGCUGCUUCCUGAGCUAAUAGCUGAUAUGUUGGGAAGCGAGAAGUACAGACUGAGCUUGGAGACCAUGCUGGAGUCUUUACAGGACUAUCAGAUAAACAAGCAUUUGAUCUACAGCAUCUGUGACCUGCUGCUGGAGUUUCUGAUCCCUGAGUCCAACGAUGUGACCUUUCAGAGAUCUCUGCUGCAGAGCCUGACUAAAGACACGGAGAGAAACAGUCUUCAUAUGUGAUAAACAUCUGGGACACACAGAGAAAUGUAGCCAUUUGAUGCUCAGUGCACAUUAUAGUUGUCYGAUGACUAUGACAAGGUCAUAAAGUCUAUGGUGUACAAUCGCCGUGGAGUCAUGGUGCAGCAGGUGUUACUGCAGAGGAUAAGAAAAUGUAAGUAUGCAGUGAUAUAAAGACAGAAGAAAUGCKUUCAGACAGUAGAUCAGAAGGAAGAAAUAAUCUCAUUUGUAGAUUUAGCUCACUGAAUCUGCAAGCCACAUUGUGAAAACUUGGAAAAGUUUGAUAAAUACAAAAUUGUGCUCUUUUUCUUGCUUCUUAUUCUUUCUUCCGUGUGUUUUUAUCUAUGGUGUUUCCCAUAAAGUUGGAAUAUUUUUUCUCUUUGUAUUAUGGUUGAAUUUUUAAAUCUACAAGUUUAAGUGCAUGUUAUAUAUGUGCACUACAUCUGCAUAAAUACUUUGUUUACAAGACUCCAGGUGAAUUUACUGUGAAACAAAGUAUGGAAAAGCAGUUCAUUCCUACUUCGGUGCAGGAUGUGUGAUGCUGUGGGCCUGUUUCUGGAUCAUCAUUGUGUUUUUUUAUGGGUCAUACAGGCAGUUACCCAGGGUGGCAUUACGAUGGGGGUUGCAUAAGGGACAAUAAAACAAAAGCAACUUAUCUGGGAGUUGCAACUUCAACAGAUUUGUUUUUUCUUUCACAGUUAAGGAUGAGUUGGCAUCCCAGUGUGUUGAUUAGUGAAGAUAGAAAUGGUCAACAGGACAAAAGAAAUCUUUCUCCAGUCCUUCUCAGUCUCAAGACCCAAAAACUAUAUGCGACUGUGUGAAUUAAAAAGAACAAAUAAGAGAGUCAGGACUCUGGAUGGAAGAAACUGUGCAAAGAAGAUUGUUUCCAGCAUYUAAGUGUUUGAGACACUAGUGGUGUCGGGAACAGACGAUAAACGUGGCAUUCAACUCUGGUGAAUACGUUAAUUGAAAUUAAGUAUUUUGUUUUGUUUUGAUUCAAAAGAAAGUUGUUUUUUACUCUGGAUGAUCAUUUCUGGGUUUAUGCAUUUUUUCCCUCUUGCAUUCAUAGCUGUCAAAGAUUUUCUGUUGUUUUUGCAGAUGGAUAUUUUAGUUUUUAUGUAUAUUUGUCUUGCUACUUCAAAGAUAACCCUGCUUUAUAAUACAACCAUUAUCCACAUGGUUGUGUCACAUUGUUUAAAAUUUGACCAAGGUUUAAUGAUGRUUUCUCAAAGAAACAUUUUAAGUUGAAGCAUUACCUUAAAGUCAAGUCAGCUUUUCCCCAGAAUGUCUUUGUAUGAAUACAUUAUUUAGACCUUAAAUUGAACUGUUAGACGUGUUCACAAUUAAUGACUCAUGUAAAAUCUCUGAUUAAAAUUGAAUCAGUAAAAUCUGUCCAGCCAAUAUGUCUAAGAUCUUUUGAUCCCCCCCAAAUAAAAACUCUGCUUCACA